UUGAAAUUCGACGAGAAUAGUUCCAGCUCCAGCGGAAAAUAUUUAAGAAGCGAAAAACUAAUCAGAAAAAAAUUAAUCGGAACGGAAUCUAGCGAUGUUCAAAAAUAAUACUGCUCAAAAAAAUUAUUAUUUAAUCUGCACAAUAAUUAAAUCAUAGUAGGUCGUGCAUCAACUGCAAAAAAAAUAUUAUUUAACAAAAAACGGUGAAAUGUGAUAAAAAUUACCUACGAAAAAUAAAUAAAAACAAAAAUUAAUUACCUAAUUAAAAAAAUAAACAAACAAAAAAUCAUUCUGUGAUAAUCUGCUAGAAAAAAACUUGUGAAUUAUUUUUAAAAACACAAAUAAAGCAAAAACCACAAACAAAAUGACGAAUGAAGUGUCAUACUGGAAAAUUCUCACGCGUAAAAAGGUCCUUCCCAAUGACGAAAUUCAAUCGUCAAAGUUGGGACGUGUCCUGGGAACUCUCGAUUUGGCAGCUUUGGGUAUCGGUGCGACUUUGGGAGUCGGCGUUUACGUUUUAGCAGGUCACGUAUCUCGGGAUCAAGCAGGACCCUCUGUGAUUCUGUCAUUCCUGAUAGCGGCAGCUGCAUCAUUUCUCGCGGGACUUUGUUAUGCCGAGUUUGGUGCUAGAGUGCCCAAAUCUGGAAGCGCUUACAUCUACAGUUACGUGUGCAUCGGAGAAUUUAUCGCAUUUGUCAUUGGAUGGAAUUUACUCCUGGAAUACAUCAUUGGAUCAGCUUCGGUGUCGAAGGGAUUGAGUCUCUAUUUAGACACGCUGCUGAACGACACCUUCAAACGGACGUUUACAGAAAUCGCACCUAUGCAUUGGGACUUCUUAGCGGAAUAUUUUGACUUUUUUUCGUUUGGAAUUCCACUUUUGCUUGGAGUUGCUAUGGCGUUCGGUUUAAGGAAAUCAGCAAUUAUAAACAACAUUUUUACGGUAUCGAACAUCCUCAUCGUGUUAUUCGUCAUCAUCGCGGGAUCAUUUAAAGCUGACAUCGCAAAUUGGAGCAUUCCAAAGCCCCCACCAGAGUACAACGCAGGCGAAGGAGGAUUUUUCCCCUUUGGCUUCAGUGGAACGUUAAAAGGAGCAGCCACGUGUUUCUUCGGAUACGUUGGUUUCGAUUGCAUCGCAACCACCGGUGAAGAAGUUCAAAACCCCAAAAAAGCAAUUCCAAUGGCAAUUCUCAUCUCAUUGUUCACCAUCUUCAUGGCUUAUUUCGGCGUUUCGACAGUUCUUACCCUCAUGUGGCCCUACUAUUUGCAAGAUGUGAACGCUCCAUUGCCACAUGUCUUCAACGAAAUCGGAUGGUAUGGCGCAAAAUGGGUCGUCGCGAUCGGAGGAAUUUUCGGUUUGAUCGCCAGUUUGUUUGGUGCCAUGUUUCCGCUCCCGAGAAUUAUCUACGCCAUCGCGCAAGACGGAUUAAUUUUCCGUUUUCUCGGCGAUGUGAAUGCCAAAUUCCAAACUCCGGUCACGGGAACGCUCUGUGCUGCUCUGUUAACGGGAACUUUUUCUGCGCUGUUUGAUCUCAAGGCACUCGUGAACAUGUUGUCGAUCGGAACGUUGUUGGCUUACACCGUUGUCGCCAUUUCCAUUUUGAUUUUGAGAUUUUCCAACAAUUUGGAUAACGCGGAGCCACCAUCGUACAACGACGCGAAUGCCAAUCAGCUCACUGAGGGAUCUGGUUUGACGUCAGCGGGAAAAGUUCGAUUGACAUCGAGGACUUUUGUUACACAAUUUUUCAAUAUUCAUCGGAUACAGCGACCGGAUUCGCAUUCCAUGGCAGUUGCGGGAAUUUUGGUGAUGUUAUAUGUGUUGGCGGCACUCGGAUUGGCACUGACGAUAUUUUUCGGACAAACAGCUAUCAUGAAUAUGGAGCCAUGGGCUUUAGCGUUAACGGGAAUUUUCUUAUUUUUGGCUGUUAUUUUGUUAGUGGCGCUUGGGGUGCAACCACGAGAACGAACGCCGUCUGAAUUUACAGUGCCUUUGGUGCCGUUACUACCGGGCGUCAGCAUUUUCAUCAAUAUUUUCCUCAUGCUCAUGUUGGAUUACUACACGUGGAUCCGAUUUGCCAUCUGGAUGGCCAUUGACUUUGUGCAUGUUGCAUGUUUUAAAAUAUUCCCCCUCCUUCCCCCCGUAGGUGUUCCCAUAUAUAUUGCAUGCGUUUUUUGUAAAGUUAAUAGCAAGCGAAAGAGUAGUUUGCACCUGCGACAUCUCCAGGAUGUCGUAAAAUUGAAUGGGACCAUCAACAAAGCGUACGAAAAAGAAUUUGACGAACACCUGAAGGAACUUGAGCAAGAAAAAGUUCCUCAAAUCACAGCAAAUAGCACAAUUAGUCGAACUGCUGCUGCCGAAAUCGAUGAAAUUUUACAAAAAGCAGUUUUGACGGUCGAAAAUCAAUAUUUGGAAGUUAAACCGCCAUCGCCAACGAAAAGUUUCGAUGAAAUCGUGCCCGAAUCGGAAGUAAUUGAUCAAUUAACGGAGAAAAAAGCUGGGAACGGAGCUUUGUACUUCACGGACGAGAUAAAAACUGAUGACGAAAAUGACGAGAUCGAUGAUGGAGACACAACUAACGCAAUUGCCAUGCUAGAUGACGUCUUAGAAGAUGAGGAAUUGAUGGAAAGUCGCAAAAUUUCCGAUGCAUCGAACAUGAUGCCGCAUUCGCAUGAAGCUAUAGCGACUGCCGUUGUGCAUCACGAGAACAUGGAAGAAGAAAAUGAAGAAAUUAUUGCAAAAAGUGAUCAAAAUAACAAUGAAAAAGUAGUGGAAGACCCGAAAAUUCUCGAAGAACCAUUAAAAGAAGAAGAAAAACCAGUUUUUGCUUCGAUUGAUCCCGAAAAUUCCGACAACAACAAAGAAUUCAUCAAGAAACUCAACACUUUGUUCCAACAAAAAACGGUUCCCAAUAGAAAAUUCGUUCCAAAUGACGAGGAUGACACUCUUCAGCAAUCUCCAUCGAAACGACCCUCCUUACUCCAUUCGCGAAGUGAACAUGUGACGCUUGAACGCCAUCCCGCAAUCGACAAAGAAACGGGCGAGCCAUUAUUCCUCAACGAAUCAAGUAAUAUUCCCAAAGCUCCCGUUUUCGAUGCCGAACUUUACAGAUCUCUGGGACGCUCGAAAUCCUCCGUUGUGUUGCGCGAACUAGACAAUAUUGACGAUGAACCGCCUCGUUUGAGAAAAAAGAAAUAUUCCGCUCCACAACCCCCCGUAUCGCCCGAAAUCGCGGAAAAAGACGACAAAACUGCGAUAAAAGAAAAAUUAGAAGCAAUUUUCCGGAAUUCCCUGCCACGAAUGCAGAUGGAAGCGAAAUCACUGCCACCGAAUCCCGUCGUCGUCGCCAAUUUGGAGCAAGAUUCGAAUCAAGACAAGGAAAAUUCUAGUCCUCAAACGUCCAAAGAUGAUUCGCGCGUCGAGAGAGUUUCGAGUUUCAAAACAAAAGCCAAAAAAUUCGACACAGUCGAGAAACAAAAAGCAAUAUUCGCGAAUGUAAUUCGGGAAAUUAACCCGGACAAACCGAAAAGUUUGCAAAGAACGCCUUCAUUUGACAGGCGACAACUGACCGAAGUAUUUAAAGUAGAUAAUAGCGAUAGUCGUAGAAGUAGUGCUAGAAGUAACAUUAAAUUGCCCGAAAAUAGUGAUAAGAGUCAAGAAAAUGUUCCUAAGUUUUAGCUUUUUUAAUGCAUGUUUUUACUAAUUAUUUAAUAAAAAUAAAUUAAAUUUAAUUAAAAAUGGGGAAAAACUUAAAAAAAAAAAUACUAACUUGCCAAAAUUAAUUCUAAAUACAAAAUAA